GUUGGCUUGGCAGCUUAGUUUCUAAACAAAAUGUGGCGCGAAAUUGAUCAAAGUUUUUAGUAGAUAGUUUUUAAUCUUUUUUAAAUGUUUUAUAUCAAAUUCCUUGGUGUUAAAGUUACAAGAAGGAAUCAAUGUCAUUAACACAGAUUUUGAGGGUCUGGGAUGCGAUUGAGUGCGAGAACUUCAGCAAUGCCCACCAUUUGAUAAAGAAAUGCUGGGACCUGGUUGCAACCCCAGUGCGUGAUGGGAUCUCCGUCAUGCAUCUCCUUAGUGGACUAGAUGAUCCCAAGGCGCAAGGACUACUGCGUGAAUGUCUUGAACAUGGUGCGUCUCCUAAUGCACAGUCAUCAGAUGGGAUUACUCCUGUACACCUUGCUGCUAUGUGGGGACUAUCAAACACCCUAAAAAUGCUUAUCUCUUUUGGAGGUGACCCAGAGUUACUGGAUAAAGAAUCUAAUAAUGCUAUGCAUUAUGCAUACCUAUCUACUGAACCACAGGCUGGGGAUUGUGUUAAGUUUUUAUCCAGUAUGAGAGCUUCAGUUGAAGAAAAAAGUACUGUGAAUUAUGGCCCAGUUGUUAUUGAUGCAGCAUAUGUGGGUGCAUCUGGAACACCUGUCAGUUCACUGGAUUCUAUGAACUCUACUUACUCCUGCAAAGAACCAAAGUUUACUCACAUCAAGCAAAAACAAAAGGUCUCAAACGAUUUAUUAGGAUCCCAAAACAGAUCAGAACAUAAACCUUUUAUGACCGAUGAUGAAACUACAAAUGAUGAAACUCUUAAUUUACAUGAUUUUAUAACCGAUGAUGAAUCCACUAUCAACAAGACUUGUGGUGUGAUGACUGAAGUGUCUAUUGAGAGUGAUAUGUCCACCAAGAGUGAGAGUUUUCAUACUGCUUUUGAAGGGGAGACAUUCAGUCUGUCAUAUAUGGAGAAUCUUGAUGAUAGCGAUGUCAGCUUCCCUAAGCUCCACCCAUGGUCGUCUAGGGCUGGACCGGAGGAACUGGAAGACACACUGGUGGAUAAUAUCAGUGCACUUAAUCUUGAGGUGACUGGCAGUCCAGAUAUUGGAACAAACCCAUGCCACAGCACCACCCUGCUGGACCACACCCUAUCUGAUGGCACAGUCUUGUAUGACUGGAAAGACUUCAGUAUCCUGGAACUGUCCUCCAAUCACCCUGAUGAGACGCUCAAUGUGCCAGAGGAGUUGCUUGCUCUAAGCUGCCAGGAGUUAAGAAAACAGCUGAUGUCAAUGGGGCUAGAUGUAGGUCCUGUCAGGCCAGAUACACGGGCACUCUACAUCAAGCAGUUGGCCAGACUAAAGGCGGGCAUCACUAGUGAAAAGUCUUUUGAUCGGUUCAGUGAAUUCUUGCCUGAGCUCCGUGCCAUCUUACAGCAAAAAGUAGAUGUGUCAGACAUGUACACAGAGGAAGAAUCCAUGUGUAUAGAGUUCACCAGGGACAAUCCUCAACCAUGGAGGGAGGGGACAGAGAAAUCAUCAUUCAACUACCUUUUACUAGAUCCGCGUGUGAGCGACAAUCUGCCAUGGAGAGCGCAAAAACUUCCAUCAGACGAAGCCUUCGCCAUCUUUGUGUCUGCAAUUUUCUAUGUUGGUAAAGGCAAGAGAUCAAGGCCUUAUGCUCAUUUGCACGAGGCUUUGCAUAAAACCAAGAGUAACCGCAAGCUUCAAAAUAUCCGUGACAUAUGGGACUCAGGACUGGGCGUGGUCUCUCUCCACUGUUUUCAGAGUGUCAUUCCUGUCGAAGCUUAUACACGGGAAGCUUGUAUGGUGGAGGCGCUAGGUAUAUCACGUUUGACCAAUCAGAAGAAAGGUGAUUUUUACGGGCGAGCCCGGCGCUGGAGUGUGAAGAAAAAGCGGAACAUGGGGAUCUUUUUGCUGAAGAGGGCCCUGCAGAUAUUUAUCAACGAAGGAGAGCGGCAAAUCAGACCUGAAGAUCUGCGAAAAUAGAACUAAAAAAUAAGACCAAAUAAUAUGAUUUCAAGAAUGAGAGCCAUACUUAAAAUAUGGAAAUUAUGACCCAACGUCGGGAACCCUUUUUUGGGGGGGAGGGGGGAACCCUGUGUCUUGUAAUAUUCACUAAAGGAUGUCGGAGGCUCACGGAGACCUGUCAUCGCUGUGUAAACUAACAUCUUUGAGGGCUGCCUACAUCACCGUGUUUUGUUUAUUAUAUGGUGCGAACAAUCAUAUGCUUCGUAAGCCCUGCUUACGAAUGAGCCCGUCACAAGUUCUGACAAUGUUGUUCUUAGGGCUUUUCUCUUGUGAAUGAAACGGUUACACCCCGUUUCCAGAUUACGGUUUCACCUCGGUUCCAGAUUACGGUUUCACCUCGGUUCCAGAUUACGGUUACACCUCGGUUCCAGAUUACGGUUUCACCUCGGUUCCAGAUUACGGUUACACCUCGGUUCCAGAUUACGCUUUCACCUCGUUUCCAGAUUACGGUUACACCUCGGUUCCAGAUUACGGUUUCACCUCGGUUCGAGAUUACGGUUUCACCUCGGUUCCAGAUUACGGUUGCACCUCGGUUCCAGAUUACGGUUUCACCUGUGUACCAGAUCACGGUUUCACCUCGGUUCCAGAUUACGGUUUCACCUCGGUUCCAGAUUACGGUUUCACCUCGGUUCCAGAUUACGGUUUCACCUCGGUUCCAGAUUACGGCUACACCUCGGUUCCAGAUUACGGUUACACCUGUGUACCAGAUUACGGUUACACCUCGGUUCCAGAUUACGGUUUCACCUCGGUUCCAGAUUACGGUUUCACCUUGGUUCCAGAUAACGGUUACGCCUGGGUUCCAGAUUACGGUUACACCUGGGUACCAGAUUACGGUUACACCUCGGUUCCAGAUUACGGUUUCACCUCGGUUCCAGAUUACGGUUAUGCCUGGGUUCCAGAUUACGGUUUCACCUCGGUUCCAGAUUACGGUUAUGCCUGGGUUCCAGAUUACGGUUAUGCCUGGGUUCCAGAUUACGGUUUCACCUCGGUUCCAGAUUACGGUUACGCCUGGGUCCCAGAUUACGGUAGCAAUCCAACUAGUCCAAGGCGUUUUUAUCGAGGAAAAGAAAUAGAAUUUCCUGUGACGUUACACUUUCAUGUAGUGACUACGUUAGUAUUAUUCCAUUAUGUUUCCUUUCAUGAAAACACGCUCCUCGAUUCAAGCUCAUAUACAUGGAAGGAAGUACCUAUAUUUAGCAUAUUUACUGGCACUAACAUGGCAAAUAAGGGGGGGUCGCCCUUUUUUAGAUGAAUAAAUUUUUUAAAAUAGCUAAUGAAAAAAGGAUUAUAGUUUUAUAUCAGUUUUUUUCCAAGAAACGCUGUAUAUAUGUUUUACAUCUUUUAGCUGUACAUAUUUAGUUGUGCAAAUUUUUAUAGUAGAUUAACAAUAUGAUUAUGAAAAUGUUUACUACGAAAUAAAGGUAGAUAUGUUGCCGAUGGCAACGCGUGUA